GGAGAUUUGAGUGAAAUGAGAGACUGGGCUGCUCCAUUGAUAGCUUCAGCGCUGUUUGCAUUUCUAUCGCCAGGGCUAAUCCUGCAAAUCCCAGGGAAGAAUCAACCCAUGGGUUUCAUGAACAUGAAAACAAGUGUGGCUUCCAUAUUUGUGCAUGCUGUUCUCUAUGCUGUGUUCCUCAUCCUGUUUCUUGUUGUUCUUCAUAUUCACCUCCCUGUCUUAGAACAACAUGAGGUUUCCAUUUUGUACUUUGCCGUUUUCUGCUCACAGAGAACUUUAAGAAGAGAUAUGUUGUUGCAGGGAUGGAUUGCUUCUGAAAAUGCUCUUAAGUUAAUCAUUAAGCUUAAUACACUUUUUAAUGCCUAA